AUGUCGUCCAAAUUACUGGUAUCGCUGAAGGGCGUGAAGCCUGCAAGAUUGCAAGGUUUAGCGUCAAUUUUAGGAGUAAGCAAUAGCCCAGUCAACAGAGUGAUACAGGCCGGUACUAAAAGAGUGGGAUAUUCCAAGAGAUGCGUAUCUAGUGUUAGCGGCGUGGGCACUGAAGGCACCAGAUCGACUGUGGUGCAGUUGCUGAACAACAUUGGGUCGAAACGCGAAGUAGAGCAGUAUUUGAAGUACUUCACGUCGGUGUCGCAACAACAGUUCGCAAUCAUCAAGGUUGGUGGUGCUAUCAUCAGCGAUAACCUGCAAGAAUUGGCUUCAUGCCUGGCUUUCCUAUAUCACGUGGGAUUGUACCCGAUCAUUCUGCACGGCACAGGACCGCAAGUCAACGGCAGACUCGAGGCUCUGGGCGUUGAGCCAGACUACAUCGAUGGUAUCAGGAUCACCGAUGAGCGCACCAUGUCUGUAGUUAGACAGUGCUUUUUGGAGCAGAACCUCAAACUUGUUACGGCCCUGGAGCAAUUGGGCGUGCGUGCUAGACCCAUCACCUCCGGUGUUUUCACCGCUGACUAUCUUGACAAGGACAAGUACAAGCUGGUUGGUAACAUCAACGGCGUGUGCAAGGAUCCAAUCGAAGCUUCCAUCAAGGCCGGUGCCUUGCCAAUUUUGACCUCCUUGGCAGAAACCGCUUACGGUCAGACUUUGAACGUCAACGCGGACAUCGCCGCUGGUGAACUAGCCCGUAUCUUCGAGCCUCUCAAGAUCGUGUAUCUCAACGAGAAGGGUGGUAUCAUCAACGGCAACACAAAGGAAAAAGUGUCGGUAAUCAACUUGGACGAAGAGUACGACGAUCUCAUGCAACAAGGCUGGGUCAAGUAUGGUACCAAGUUGAAGAUCAGGGAGAUCAAAGAACUGCUUGACUUCCUACCCCGCUCGUCUUCUGUGGCCAUCAUCAACGUCCAGGAUUUGCAGAAGGAGUUGUUCACCGACUCCGGUGCCGGUACUAUGAUCAGACGCGGCUACAAGCUGGUCAGAAGAUCGAACCUUGGCGAAUUCCCCUCUUCAGACUCUUUGAGAAAUGCUCUACAAAGGGAUCUCGAUAUCGCUUCGGGCGCCGAGUCCGCAGCCUCUUACUUGCGUGAUCUAUCUUCAUCGCAAUUUGUAUCUUAUUCCGAUGAACCUAUGGAGGUUUUGGCCAUUGUUAAAGAGAACAAAGUGGUGUCGCAUCUAGACAAAUUCUUGUGUUCCAAGGUUGGAUGGUUGAACAACGUCGCGGACAACGUAUUCGCCUCUUUGAAGCGCGACUUCCCAUCUCUACAAUGGGUUGUUAGAGAGGACGACGAGAACAUUUCCUGGCAUUUUGGUAAGUGUGAGGGCUCUUACUUGAAGAACGGCAAAGUCUUGUUCUGGUAUGGUGUCAAAGAUUUGAACACAGUGUCGCAGCUAGUCAAAGAGUUUUCUUCCUCGGUCGCCCCAACCACAUCUCCAGCCGGACAAAAGUCCAACGCUUUCUCCUCAAGUCAAUCAACCAGAUCGUAUUCGACUAGAAGCACACCUAAGCCACAGGGAGUGAACAAAGAAAAAGCUCGCGUUGCCCUUAUCGGUGCCAGAGGGUUUACAGGACAAAACUUGAUUACUUUGAUAGACCAACAUCCUCUUUUGGAGCUUGCUCACGUUUCAUCUCGCAAGUUGAAGGGUAAGAAACUAGAGGGAUACACCAAGAGUGAGAUCAUUUACGAAAAUUUAAGCACUGAUGAUUUGAAGAGACUUGAAGCUGAAGGUGGUGUUGACAUGUGGGUAAUGGCUUUGCCAAACGGUGUUUGCAAGCCAUUUGUGGAGGCCAUUGAAAGUGUACACGGAAAGUCCAAGAUCAUUGAUCUUGGUGCUGACUUCAGAUUUGUCCCCGAGACCGAAUGGGCUUACGGUCUUCCUGAGCUCAAUGACAGACAAAAGAUCGCUGACGCUAAGAAAAUUGCGAACCCGGGGUGUUAUUCGACUGGUGCUCAGGUUGCUAUUGCUCCUUUGCUCGACUAUAUCACGGGCUUGCCAACCGUAUUCGGUGUUUCUGGAUACUCCGGUGCCGGCACAAAGCCAUCGCCUAAGAACGACCCAGCCUUUUUGAAUAACAAUUUGAUUCCGUACAGUCUAACAAACCACAUUCACGAACGGGAGAUCUCGACAAGAAUGGGCCGUGACGUUGCGUUUGUUCCACACGUAGCGCAAUGGUUCCAGGGUAUCUCACACACAAUCUCGAUUCCAAUAAAGAAGGGUUCUUUGACCUCAGAACAGAUCCAUGAAUUGUACGAGAAGUUCUACGAGGAUGAACGUCUGGUGAAUGUUACCAAAGAUGUUCCACUAGUCAAAUCCAUUUUCGGUACGCAUGGCGUUUUGGUUGGUGGAUUCAAAGUGAACGAUGCUCAAGAUCGCGUUGUUGUAUGUGCUGCAAUCGAUAACCUACUGAAGGGUGCCGCUACGCAAUGUCUGCAGAACAUCAAUCUGGCUCUGGGAUACGGCGAAUAUGACGGAAUUCCCGAGGACAAGAUCGCCCAGAAAUAA